UCGUGUUUCCAGUCGGAACUUUGUAAUGUGACACCCAGCCGUUGCUCGGUGUUGUAGCAGCGCCUGUAAUUAUUUCAUCGGUAACCAAGCAGAAAUGUCUUCAGUCGAGGGUUUGAGAGAGUUCGUCAACGAGCGACUUUCUGCUGCUGCUGAAGAAAUAUUCGGAGUUUUUAAAAGAACCAUCGUCGAGUAUCAGGAAGAGAUCGACCGGCAGCGCGGACUGUUGGAGGUUUUUUGGAAACCCGAAUUGAGGUUACACAGGAUAAAGAUCCCACAGUCACGUGUGUGUAAGGAGGAAGAGGUUCUCUCUGACCAGCAGCUCUGUCUCCAGGAGAGGAUCACCAGUCUGGACCAAGAGGACCCAGAUCCUCCACAGAUUAAAGAGGAACCGGAGGAGCUCUGCAGCAGUCAGGAGGGAGAGCAGCUUGAACCAAAGCAGGAGACCUUUAUGCUGACUCCCACUUGUGAGGAAAGAGACCACGGUGAAGAUCAUCUUCUGGAUUUGUGUACUGAUGAAACACAGAUUGUGCUACAGGAAACCUCUCUAGGCUGCAUCUCCGUUAAAAGCACCACUGUAGAUGAACCAAGCAAUGACCACCAGCUUCUCUCUCACAACUCUCAUCAUUCUGAUAGCAUAGAUGAGAAAGGAGUAAAACGUAGUUUAACAUCAAGCAAGGAGCCAACUCCUCCAGGUGAAAAGCCAUGUUUGUGCAAAAAGUGUGGGAAAUACUUUAAACAUAAAUAUGGCUUGUUGUCCCAUGUGAAAAGAGCUCACAGUGUUGAUCAACCAUAUGUAUGCGACACUUGUGGGAGAAGAUUUCUUCAUGAAUCGGCAUUUAAGAAUCAUAAAAGAGUCCAUACUGAUGAGAAGCCAUUUUCUUGCAAAACAUGUGGAAAGAAAUUCAAAUUUAAUAGUAGCUUAAAUGGCCACAUGCACAUUCACACUGGGGAAAGACCAUAUUCUUGCAAAUUUUGUGGGAAAACAUUCACUGGUAACUCAGGAUUGACGUUUCAUACAAGAAUCCACACUGGGGAAAGGCCAUAUUCCUGCAUCACCUGUGGGAAAACAUUCAAUCAGCAAACACAUUUGAAGUUUCAUACAAGAAUCCAUACUGGGGAAAAGCCAUAUUCUUGCGUCACCUGUGGGAAAACAUUCAAUCGGACAGAAUCAUUGAAGCUGCAUUCAAGAACCCACACUGGGGAAAAGCCAUAUUCUUGCAUCACCUGUGGGAAAUCAUUCAUUCAGACAUCACGUUUGAAAUCUCAUAUAAAAGUUCACACCAAGGAGAAAGCAUAUUCCUGUAAAAUAUGUAAAAGAUAUUUCAGUGAAUCUAGUAACUUGAUCGCCCACAUGAGAAGAAUCCACAAGGGUGAAACGUCUUAGAUGCAACUCCUGUGAAGAAAUAUUUUUUAAGACUAGCGCCGAAAACUAAAAG